UUAGUGUGCACACACUUUUAGGGGCGAAAAAGAAAACAAUUGUUGAUUUUGUUUACAAAUAUUGGUUAAAAAGUUGUAAAAUGCAAGCUGAUAUUAAUAAUGUUUCCCGGGACUAUGCCAAGAUCCUGCAGAGCGCCGACCUGGAGAAGGAGAUAAACCCACUGUGCACGAAUAUAGAUGAUAUGAUGACCAGAUUAGAUGAGUUUGAAACUUUGCUGGGUUCGGUGCGCGCCGAGUCCAAUGGAAUGAUGGCCAAUAAUGUGUGCAGUAUCCUGGGAUUCGGAGACAGUUUCGAGCAGUUAAAAACUAGAAUCGAUGGUCUGGAGCAAUUUGUGGGUGCUGUUAGUGCAAAUUUGUUAGAAGUCGAGAGAAAUGUGGAUAUAGCUGAGGAGGAACUCCAUGUCACGGACUAUAGCCUCAAAGGCCUUCUCCUAAAACCCCUGAAAGCCAAGUUGAGUGCCAGCGAUUCCGCAACAUCCAACUCUCUGCCGCGAUCCAACCUUAUCGAAGAGGAAUAUCAACCUGUGGAGAUCUACAAAUCCGAUGAUUACUUCGGAAAAUCUCAAGAUGAAGCAGUAGAGGAGAAGGAACUAACUAGUUAGUUAACUCCGAUUUAGUAAGUAAUUAGAAAGAAAUAUAGUUUGCUUAAGCUGUUACAUUGAACUAUCAUUAUCGAAAAUAUUAAAUACCAUUUUGAGAUCUGGCUAUUUCCUGAACUCUCUGCCUUUAUAAAAUCCAAAUAUAUUUUUAUAAACUUU